UCAUAUAAAUAGUGUUUUCACUGGUGCGUAUAACACACUUCUCGACACUUAAAAGAAAUAUCAUUCAGUGUUUAUACAACGUUUGUAAGUUGAUUUAAUGCAGAUAAUGUCCGGCUGUGGAUACUUCGUUUUCUGAACAAGACCUCUAUGAGACAUAACACACUCAUGUAAGGCUUUCCAGGGAGAGGCUAUACAUACAGAGACCAGAGUUUGUGUGGAACGUAAUUUGCCUCAGAAAGACAUACAGCUCUCAGAGCUUCUACUGAUUCGUAAAAAUGUCGGCGACCAGUGCGUAUUUAGAAAGCCUGUUAGACGAGACCGGGGGAUUCUCCAGAUUCCAGGUUCUCAUGUUCUCGUCCGUGAGCAUGAGCAAAAUAGGACCCGUAUGGAGCAUGCUCGUCAUGACGUUUGCCGGCGCGAUUCCAUCAUGGAGUUGUGAAGAUGACGUUCACAAUGUGACAUCAUACAGGCAUUCAAAUUCUAUAAACAGCACGUUGAAUUCUGCACAAGAUUUUGGAAAUGCAUCCUUUCAACAAUGUUAUACUUCUGUGAACUCUACAUCAGACACAUGUAUGAGCUUCCGCUUUGACGAGGGUAUGAACACUGUCGUAAGUGAGUGGGGUUUGAUCUGUGACAAGGACUGGGUAUCCUCCACCAUUACAACAAUCCAGAUGACUGGACUGCUCAUCAGUGGAAUAACAGCUGGUCACAUAGCGGACGGAAUCGGCCGAAAGCCGACCUACUUCAUGGCUUUACUGAUUCUGGUUACUUGCAAUGCGAUUGCUGGAUUUUCUGUUUCUUGGAAAAUGUUUGCAGCCAUGCGCUUCUUACUUGGAUUCGGAACCGGAUGUUACCUGACGGUAUUUUAUACGUUUAUGAUGGAGUUCACGCCUUCAAAACACAGACCCGUUGUCGUCGCCUUCCCUUCCUGGGCCCUCUGGGCAUGCGCAUUCGGCUUCCUGUCAAUGUGGCUCCAUGACUGGCGUUAUAUCCACUUCGCUACAGCUAUUAUAACCGUACCAUGGGUCUUAUUUUGGUGGGUAACCCCCGAGAGCUUCCGAUAUUUGGUGUCUCACAAUAGAAUCGAGGAGGCGAAAGAAGUUGUGCGCAGAAUGGCGCGCAUCAAUGGCCGACCUGUUCCGAACUUGAAGAAACUUCGUAUGCUUGCGGACCUUGAUCAGGCGAAGGAUAGGAAGUACACGGUGAAGGAUAUUUUAACGUCACGUCGACUUCUGAAGUACACGGUUCUGCUUGGUGUUGGAUGGCUGUCCUGUGGAUACGGUUACUACGCCAUUUCGUUUGGUGUACAGAGUCUAUCGGGGAAUCUUUAUUAUAACAUGUUUCUACUCAGCGUUGUGGAGGUGCCCGCGCAGAUGUCUACUUACUAUCUGGCCAACAAACUCGGACGGAAGCCCACAGCGCUAGGGUUUUUCAUGAUUUCAAGCAUGUCCUCGGUGGUUGUUGCCGUAACACAAAUCACAGAUUUUGAAAUGAAACAUCAGCUGAUGAGCGGUUUCGCGCUUGCGGCCAAACUUGGCGUUGCUGCUGGGUGGUCAGCCCUCAUGUUACUGACCACUGAGAACUAUCCUACAGUGGUCAGAAACAUCGGUUUCGGAUUGCAGUGUUCUAUCAGUAGAGUUGGUGGAAUGGUGGCACCGCAAGCUGUAUACCUAAAUCACCACCAUCCCGGAGCAUUAUACUUUAUAUGUGGGGGACUACUUUUCAUCUCCGCGGUAUGCAUGAUCUUCAUACCGGAAACGAAAGGCAAAGCCAUGCAGGAUGUCAUCAACGGAGAUACCACCAAGGGGAGCCCGAGUCAACUACACUCUUUACUAUCGUCUGACUCACCAUCCGAAGAUUCGUCUGGGAACACGACUGAUAACUUGCAGUCCAACAACCUAAAAAUAUAAUAGUCUUUCAAAAUACAAUUGAAAACAUGUUGUUAGCGUUACGUUAGGAAUAGAAAAUAGCUUUACUUGUGAACAACUGUACCUGAUCAUUUCACGGGUAAAAACGUAAAGAAUCUCGAUACCCGACACCUGUUAUAAAUUUGGCAGACUUCAGAAACGAAUAAUCUGUCCACUUAUGCCUUAAUGUCAACAUUUGCCUGGAAAAACAAGACAUAUAUACAGAUUGUACAAUAUAUAAUACAAUAUAAACUAUAUCA